AUCGUCUAUUCGUUUCCUAUCUAUCAUCUCGUCCUUCAUACUUCGUGCUUCGUACUUUCGUAGCCUUUCAUAGAUAUUAAAGUAAUAUCAUAUUGUAGUUAAUAGCUUAUAAUUUCUCUACUGUCGUCUUUCUCUGUGUUUGCUGGUAAAAUAUUUUGAAGUAAUUUGGAAGUUAUCAUGGCGACUGCAGAGCGUGUAAAACAGGAUAUGCCUCCCAAAGGUGGCUACCGGAAGAUCAAUUUUGCUCGAGUGUUUCCUAAACCAUUUGCCAGUAGUAGAGCAAUGGUUGGUACAUACAUAGUUUGUACUGGUGUUGGCUGGUACUUAUACCUUUUGAAUGACCGACUAGUUGAUAGAUAUCAAGUUGAAUCACGUAGUUCACUUAUUGCUAUUACACCACUAUUAGAUGCUGAAGCUGACAGAGAAUACCUAAAGCAAUUAAGAAAAAAUCGUGAAACUGAAGAAAAAUUGAUGAAAAAUGUCAAAGGAUGGAAAACAGGAACUUUAUAUGGCGAGCCUGUGUACAAGACAGUUGAUAAAAAGGAACUCAUUGAACCAGGCUUAAAUGAGUACUAUGUGCAUGCUCCCGAUAAAGUAUUGUUUGACCGAGUUUACUGGCACAAAUAUCUAUAAACAAGUAUAUGUGCAAUUUCUACAAGAAUGCAAGUCAUUAAAUAUUUGUCGUCUUACAUGUGUUUAGAUUCAAUACAACUGUAAUUUUUUUUUUUGAUAGUAACAUUUAAAAAAAUAUAAAUAAUAAUUUAAUUA